CCACAGACAUCAGUUCCCUUUCCCCAAGCAGCAUCAGUUCCUCACUUGUUAGCUACGAUGCUACUUCCGUAGCUCCGGUGCUACGGAAGUAGCUUUGUUUACAGACACUGAGGAGGACGGGGCAUGAACGUAAAACUAAAACCGGUUGUCUGAAUGAAACCCAAUGGGACUAUGAUAACUUGAAAGUUGAACAGAAAGGCAGCUAGGUGCGACUUUGACUGAAACGAGCAGGAAGUAAAGCAAACAGGGACAGACGUGUUUAAGGUUAGCAUGCUAACGAGAGAUUCUCAUGUUUUUGUCAUUUUUAGAAAACUGUGCCUACUUUUUUGUUUUAAAGACUAAAAAAAUAGUUAAACGAAAGCCUCCCUUUCAUAUUGUAGCACUUUCUUUUUGGUUUUUUUACUUCUCGGUUGUAGAUUUGAGCUCCUGUUCGCCUAAAGCUGUCUCAAUGUAAAUAAACCAGAUGGAUUUUCUUACUUUGUUUGCCAUCUACGUGGCGGUGGUGCUAACAUGUAUACUUUUAGUGUGUAAAUACUCGGGCCAGCAGCAAAACCCCUUUGAUACACUGCUCAGCUAUGUUUCAAAGAAGCUCGCACCUUUUACACCACAGUGGCUCCAAAAAGUUUCACACUGGACCUUACACAGACUGUUUCACCAAAGGAACAACUCUUUCAUUUGUCUGCACAUCCUGCUGGAGGGAGCCGUUUAUGCAGAGUUUACUUACGAAGUGUUCGGCUUCUGCAGGGAGAUGGACACCACUGUAACAAGCUUGUCAGUGCCUUACGUCUUGUUAGUCAUCAAGACCAUAUUCUUCUACCUCUGCAUCAAAACAGACCCAGGCACAGUGACAAAGAAGAAACUCUCCAACCAGCUGCACAUCUACUCCUACGAUAGGAGACUGUUUCACCCUGGAGUCUCCUGUCCAACCUGCCAACUUGUCAAACCAGCCCGUUCCAAACACUGCAGGGUGUGCAACAGGUGUGUCCAGCGCUUUGACCAUCACUGUGUUUGGGUGAACAACUGCAUCGGCGCUCGGAACACACGGUACUUCCUGCUUUACCUCUUGAGUGUGUGUGCCAUGGCGGGCGACAUCGCCCUGCUGACAGGAGACAUGUUGCUUCAUGCCGUGCUGCGUUCAGGGCUCCUAAGAGCCAGUUACAUUGAUGAGCACGGCCAGCAGCAGCCUGCUGGACCUCUGUUUGUUGUACAGCAUUUAUUUAUGACAUUCCCCCGUAUCGUCUUCAUGCUGGGAUUCUUGAUCUUCAUCUUCUUCCUCCUCGCUGGUUACGCCCUGUUUCAUUCCUACCUGGCCCUCAUCAACCAAACCUCCAACGAGUGGUACAAAAGUCGAGGUUACUUUUUUCAGCACUGCCAUCCAACAGCAGCAGCCGAUCAUCUUUCUAGCCCCAUCCCAGAUCACUCCAAGAGACACUACUACAGCCGGGGGGCUCUCCGAAACCUGGGAGAGAUCUUCUUUCCUCUACGAGGCAUUCAGAAAAAAAGCAACUGAAAAGAAAGAAUGUUCAUUUUAACUGGCAACAGCGGCUACUUUUGCUACUUCUGCUUAUAAAAUAAAGUUUUGAAAUUA